UCCUAGAGCCCUGUUGGUCGAACUCCGGACAAUUUGAUGAUAGCGGUUUUGGUGGGCGCCUGUUGCGUGUGGCAUGGGCACUGGGGAUUGUAUCUGUGUAACUGUGCGCGGAGGCGCGCCCUGGGGCUUCAGUCUCUGCGAAGGAGAGGGGGAUGCCUAUCGACCUUUGCAGGUUUAUCAGGUGGAAGAGGGGGGUCAUGCGUCCCUGGCCGGGGUCUGCGAGGGGGAUGAGGUGGUGUCGCUGAAUGGGGAACCCAGCGGCGACCUUUCCCUCUCAGAAGCUAUUGCUCUCAUUGACGCCUGUGUCGACUGCCUGCAAUUACUGGUCAAAAGAUGCUGCGCACUAACCCCCCAGGAAUUUAAUUCAGAGGAGACCUACUUUGGCACAAGGGAGUCCUCUGGCGAGGCUUUGGAAAGCACCAACCUCCGCAUCCUUUCCCUUGGCAGGUCCCAAUCACCCAGGGAGCUCUACAUCGCCGAGUCCCAGGAUGAGGCUUACUAUGGGGAGAUGGAGAGUGACACAGAGGCCCCCAGAGGGACCCACCUGGUCCGCACCCAGCUCUGCGUGCCCGCGCCUGGGGAGUGCAGCGGCCCAGAGUCACAGUUACUCGGAGGGGGAGGGGACAGAGGUCGAGCGGGACCCCAGGGAGGGAGUUUCUCCCCGGGGGCAAUGGUGGAGCUCCAGUUGUCCCUCGCUGAACACACCCUGGAGGAUCCCGUCUGCACCUCCCUGGGGAGUGCUCUUGGAAUAGAGGGGGAGAUCCAGGCGAGAGAAGCCCUCCAGAACAAGGCCCUCCUCCACACCACCACCCACUCGCUCUACGUCUGUGGCCCAGCUAGGGAGCCCCUGAGUCAGCAUGGAGUGGUGGAGAUCACCCUGCAGCACCCCGCUGUCGGGAGGGGCUCUCCACGUCUGGUAGAGGUGGUGGGUGCCUAUGGGGCCAGUGGAAGUGUUGGUGGAGCCCCAAGAAAGGAAGGAGCAGGGCAAAGCCAGGGAGCUCCCACCUCCUUCACCGUCUCCUUUGGAAUUCCCGAAGAGGGGGCGGAGCCGGCAGAGGAGCCAGACUCGGAUUCUGAGAAGGACCUUGGGAAACCCAACAAGCACCGGGCCAGGCACGCCAGGCUCAGGCGCAGUGAGAGCCUGUCAGACAAGCAGGUGAAGGAGGCCAAAUCUAAAUGUAAGCGUAUUGCUAUUCUUCUGAACGCUGGCACUCCCAACCCCAACAACAAGGGGGUGUUGAUGUUCAAGAGGCAUCGACAGAGGGCUAAGAAGUAUACACUCGUCAGCUACGGCACCGGUGAGAGCGAACCAGAGUACGAGGACGACGACAGCGAGGAGGAGGAAGACUACGACGAAAGAAACACCAGGGCGAUCGAAUUCACCCUCGUAGCCACCACCAGCGAGUCAGAGCUUGACGAGGACUUCAUUACUAAUGCCCAGGGUGGAGGCAGAGUGAUAACCUGCGACUGGGACACGGGACUACUCGAGAUCGAGCGCAAGCUCAAUUCCGGAGAGGAGAUGGAGCAACUGCCCAACACCACGGGCAAGGGAGCCACGAUGUUUGCCCAGCGCCGCCAGCGCAUGGACGAGAUCGCCACCGAACAUGAGGAGAUGAGGCGCCAGGGGAUUCCUGUGGAGGGAGUGCAGGAGGUGGAGAAGCAUGCGGCCUACCAGCAGUUGGAGGAGCGCUCGUACAUGCAGGCCACCACAGAGAGCCAGGCCUACAUGGAUGUGAACGUGCACCAGAAGCAGCAGCAACAGUAUCAGCAGUACCAAGAGCAGCAGUACUAUGAGCAGCAACAGCAGCAGCAGCAACAGCAAUACCAGCAGCAGCAGCAAUACCAGCAGCAACAACAGUACGAGCCGCAGCAUUACAACCAGCAGCAGCAAUACCAGCAGCAACAAUAUCAACAACAGCAGCAGUAUCACCAGCAGCAAGAGUACAAACAGCAGCAGCAAAUUCAACAGUACUCGUCUAACAUGAAUGGCGUGGCCAACCACCAAACCAAUGAAAUGCAGAGUUCCAUGAGCAAUCGAACCCCCCAACCCUUCUCGGUACAAAACCAGGUGCCCGCACCAUUUCCUCCCCCAGUGAGUGGGAACAACCAAGAGGCGCUGGGUCAGGGGGAGCAGAUUGCCUCGCGCGACGAGCGCAUUUCGACGCCGGCUAUUAAGUCUGGGAUCUUGCAGGACACAAGGAACAGGUUCAAGGACAAGCCAAUGUUCAAUUUCAAACAGGCUCCCAAAGUGCCACCCAACCCAGAGCUUAUGAAUCUCCUCAACAGGAGUGACAAGAAGUUGGAUUUCGAGUUAGUCACGGAAGAGGACUACCUUAGUUUGGGGGCUGAGGCUUGCAACUUUCUCCAGUCACCAAGGGUCAAGCAUAAGACGCCUCCACCAGUCGCUCCAAAGCCCAUCAUUAACCCCAACUCUCCGCCUUGGUCCCCUCAGCCUGAGCUGGCCAACCAGGAGUUGCUGCUGCAUGCUGAAAAUAGUGUCCCUGCACCUGCUACAGCCUCCGAGCCGGAAUCCGCCCCUGCUCCAGAACUGGAGCCAACCCCUGCACCUGCCCCAGAACCCUCCCCCCCUCUUGCACCCCAGGAAGUUCCUGCCAACACCCCUUCUCCAGAAAAACACACAUGGAGUCCCCCAGGGUCCCAGGUGGAGAUGCAGCCCCAGCAAGCACCAGCCUGGGGAGGAAAUGGACCUUCUCCACCUCAGCCUCAUUCGCAACCCGAGCCUCAAGUGAGUUCCAAGGCUCCGCUGCAAACACAGGCACAACAGCAGCCACCACAGCAGCCACCCGUGAGUACUUGGACACCUGCUGAAAUGAAGCCCCAGGCUCCAGCUCCAAGUCAGUCCCCAUCACAGCUCCCUUGGGUGACUCCCCAACCUCCACCUCCUCAGCCUCAAGCUCAGCCUCAGCCACCGAUGAAUUAUUGGGCUCCAGCACCUGCCCAGUCACAACCCCAAUGGGCUCAACCUCAAGAGCAAGCACAGGCCCAGCCACCAUGGGUUCAGCCUCAAGAACAAGUACAGCAACAGCCCCAGCCACCUUGGGCUCAGCCUCAAGAACAAGUUCAGCAACAGCUCCAGCCACCAUGGACUCAGCCUCAAGAACAAGCACAGGCCCAGCCACCAUGGGUUCAGCCUCAAGAACAAGCACAGCAACAGCCCCAGCCACCUUGGGCUCAGCCUCAAGAACAAGUUCAGCAACAGCCCCAGCCACCAUGGACUCAGCCUCAAGAACAAGCACAGGCCCAGCCACCAUGGGUUCAACCUCAAGAACAAGUUCAGCAACAGCCCCAGCCACCAUGGGCUCAGCCUCAAGAACAAGUUCGGCAACAGCCCCAGCCACCUUGGGUUCUGCCUCAAGAACAAGUACAGCAACAGCCCCAGCCACCAUGGGGUCAACAGCCUCAGCCUCCACAACAGGCUUGGCCCCAGGCCCAGACCCAGGCCCAGCCUCAGCCACCUUGGGUGUCAUCACCUCAGCCUCCAAUGAAUGCAUGGACACCACCACAGAGCCAGGCCCAGCCACCACAGCCACCUUGGGCCCAACCAGCCCAACCCCAACCCCAACCCCAUAUGAAUACAUGGGCCCAAGCACCUGCUCAGACUCAGGUCCAGCUUCCCUGGGCCCAGCAACCUCAAGAGCAAGCACAGCUACCCAUUAAUGCCUGGACCCCAGAUCAGAAUCAGGCCCAGCCACAGUCACCUUGGGCCCAAACAACUCCAACCCAAUCCCCACCCCAGCAAAGCUGGGAACAGCCACCUCCACAGCAGGCACCCCCACAGCCACCAAUGAAUGCAUGGGCCCCGGCUCAGGCACAGCCUCAGACACACACAAGUACCUGGGCCCCACAACCACAGCAAGCACCAGUGAAUACUCAGACCCCGAUGGACAGAGUGGGUCAACCUUCUCCGAAACCUGGGAAUGCGCCACAAAAUGCUCCCCGUUGUACUCCUCCGCCUCGCCCACACCGAAUGAAUUCUUACACGCUUGGAGAAAGGUCAUCAUCACCCCUCAUCAAUCCAAUGGCCAGCGUCUUGGUACCAGUGCGAGGCAUGGGCUCGGCUUUGUCGAUGCCAGCUGUUACGGGGAAAGGAGCUGAUUUGUUCGCCAAGAGGCAGUCUCGUAUGGAGAAGUAUGUUGUGGAUUCGGACACUGUGUUGGCAGCCACUGCACAGGCAGCCCAGCAAGCCCAGGCAGCCACUGCGCAGGAAAACAAGGCAAGGCCCACAUCGCCUUCUCCCUCUGUACCUCAUUCGUGGAAAUAUUCACCCAAUUGCAGAGCUCCCCCUACAUCAAAUUACAACCCCAUACAGUCCCCGUCCUACCCACCAGGGGCCAUUAAGCAACCCCCUUCAUCUAGCCCUGCAGCCAAAGCCAAGAAAGGGAAAGGCAAACCUGCCUGCAAACCCCUUGCUGUUAUAGAUGUCAUGAAACAUCAGCCGUAUCAGCUCAAUGCCUCCCUCUUUACGUAUGGCCCAGCAGUGGAGGCUGCCGAGGCUGCCAAGGCCGCUGCACCAAAGCCUGCCCCAGCCCCUGCCCCAGUCCCUCCAAACCAAAACCAACCAAUCAGAUAUGAGCAACUUUCCCCUGUCCAGCCGGCUGGACCAAUGAAUGCUCCCUAUCCACAGCUGCCCCAGCCCCCUCAGCAGCCCUAUGGGAUGCCCCCUCAACCACACAUGCACGAUAGUCCCUACCACCAAGUCCCAUCUAAUGCUUACCAGCCACCUAACAAUCCCUACCAGCAAGCUCCUGCAGGCCCUUACCAACAACCAUAUUAUCCCCCUUACCAACAAGCCCCUCCAGCUCCUUAUCAACCCCAGCCCCAUCCCCAGCCCCAAGCUCCAAACCCUUCCUACCAACCGACCCCCCAAGGUCCUUAUCAGCCAGCCCAUAGCCCCCCUUACCAAGCAGUACCCCAAGCCCCCUACCAGCCACUAACUCCCAGUACCUAUGUGGUCCCCAGCUUUCCCAUAGCGGCAAAGCCUGAGUCCAUCUCUGGGGGCAGCACCGCUCCAAAGCCCAGGUUCAUGGCCAAAAAGAGUUCAGCCCAGGUAUGGAAGCCAGUAGCUGCAGAGAAAGACCAAAGGGACUUUGAGAACAUAGAGUCAACUAGAAUAGAGGAGAAGAAAGUUGUGCAGGAGUUUGGCAGGAGCUACACUCUGUCCCCACCCGCUGUAAGAGCACCAUCGCUGGGCCUCUGGUCAUCGUCUGGGUCCCCCUUCCCCUCAUACAAACCCCCGGCCCAGGCCUCAUCUUCUCAGGCACCCCCGGAGAGGCAGAUGUCAUGGCUGGACAGGAGUCACAAGCCUCCUUCCCCCUGGGAGGCCGCAGCCCACCACCCCAUGGGCCUGGUUGACGAGGCCUUCGCUUUCCAGAACCCCCAGCAUGCCAUCGCCUUCAACGUGCGCUCGGCUGCCCAGCGCAAGCUCCUCCCUGAGCCCCCUGCCGAGUGGAAGGCUAGGGUGUCCUACGAUCCUCCCAGGAAGACUGAGGGAUGGAACCCAAACCAGAGAUGGAACCAGAGGCAGAGCCGGAGUCAGAGCUGGGGUCAGAGCCAGGGUCAGAACCAGGAUCAGAGCCGGGGUCAGAGCCAGAGUCAGGGUCAGAACCAGGGUCAGAGUCAGAGUUACAGCAGAGUUGUGCCUCUGUUCCUGUCCCCGACCAAGAGCAUAGCUUCAGCCCCCGCCGGUCCGACUGGCUACAGGUCCCUGCCCAGACAGUGGCAGCCACAGAGGUCCCUGACGGAGACCAACAUCGGGCCCUCUGGGGCUAGUCAUGGGUACGGAAGGCCUCUGGGAGGCCAGCAGCAGCCGAGCUACAGAUCUGUGUACCACACUAACUGGAGCUGGAGACGCUAGAGGCAGACAAACAUGAUGGUUACUUCAUAACAAGACCAACAAGUAACUCCAGGAUAUUCAGAUGAAGCUGGUAAUUGUGUCCAUAUAUAUCACCAUUAAAUAAAACUUGGGACAAUGGGAUAACACAUUGAUUGAGGAGAGUGAGGGGGUAGUUAUUGAGUUUGUGAUGUGUACAGGAGAGAGAUUUCAAGAGGGAGGUCUGUUUUAGAUCUGUUUAUUCGGUUUCACUGAGAAUACUGCUAGGAAUAUACAGAUGAUGACAUUCCCACACCAGAAUUUAGUUGAGAGAGACCAGACUGUUGCAUUGUAUUCAAGUACGCAUAAAUGCGAGACAGAUUAAGCCAGUAAACUUUUUGGUAUUGGGGACACUGUCAUUGAUGGCUCUAUUUUAGCAAAUGGGCCACUAUUGAGUUUCACUUCAUUAAGCUUUCAUUGGACAGAAAUCAAUGAGUGAUUGACGGUGCAAUUCCACCGUUCUUUUUGCUUCAGAGGCUUUCAUUUCAUCCAACACUGUGAGGCGAUAGUGGCAUUCAAAGUAAGUGAAAUCAAUAGUAUUUCUUUAGAGGAUGCAAUGGGCAUAAAGUAUGUUGUAAGGCAGAAUGUGUAAUAGUCAUGUAUAAAAAUGAAAGGAUUUGAGUAAUGAAUGGGCAUGUACACUGAACAGAAAUAUAAAUGCAUCAUGUAACGUGUUGGUCCCAAGUUUCAUGAGCUGGAAUAAAAUAUCCUAGACAUUUUCCAUAUGCACAAAAAGCUUAUUUCUCUCAAAUUUUAGUUAGCAUUUCUCCUUUGCCAAAA